GAAGGAAAUUUGCACUCGACUUCGCCGUUACGAAUUCUCCUGCACUACCCAACAAAUAAGCCAUUCACCGUCACCAUUGACGUUUGUAUUCCCGUGCCCCUCUGGCACUUUUCUUCUUCUCUCAAGAAACAACUCCCCACCAUCUUCUCUCUCUAAAUAUUCAUUCGAACUGUCUCAAACUGCCGACCCUUAUUCUUUCCUUUAUUCGUAUGAAUUUAUUCAUCUCAUCUCAGUAUUGAUUUCGCAAGCUUGACAGAGAAGGGUUUUAUUUCUGUGUAAUCAUCACAACAGAGCAAGACCAGACGCGUUUUCUCAUAACCAGAAUCUCUUCAUAUGAUAUACAGAGUAUAUAUACAGUCUCUAUUCAUAACGCAAUUCGCAAAAUGAAGGAAAGCAAUUUCAGACCCAGAUAUUUCUUUCUCAUUCUCCUCCUUUCAGCACCUUUUAUUCUCCUCAUUUUCUCCCGCCGGACCUCCUUCUCUUCCCUCAUAUUCUCCCCUGCCGAUCGCCGGCCUAGAUCCAGCGACGAGAUUCCGGGUCUCCGGAUCCGGCCAGGAUACUCAUCCUAUGAUAAGUACAUCCAGCGUCAGCUCAACAAGACCCUCAACCCGAAGCUCCGGAAGAUAUGGACGACUCGAGAUUGGGAGAGGAAGAUCGAAGUUUUCGGCGCGUUUUUCCGAGAUCUUAAAGGGGAGGGUUUCCUCUCCAAUUCAUCCAAGGCACUCUGCAUCGGUGCCCGGACGGGCCAGGAGGUGGAGGCUCUGAGACGGGUCGGAGUUUCCGACUCUAUCGGCAUUGAUCUCGUCCCGUCACCGCCGCUAGUUGUCCGCGGCGACUUCCACCAGCAGCCGUUCGACGCCGGGACGUUCGACUUUGAAUUCUCAAACGUCUUCGACCACGCCCUCUACCCGGAGAAAUUCGUCGGUGAGAUCGAGCGGACGCUGAAGCCCGGCGGCGUAUGCGUGUUGCACUUGUCGGUUUCGCGGCGGGCCGAUAAAUACUCGGCCAACGAUUUGUACAGCGUUGACCCGAUGAAGAAACUGUUCAAGCAAUCCGAGUUGGUUCACACCCGAACCAUAGACGGGUUCGGGUUGGAUACAGAAGUGGUUUUCAGGAAAAAGAAGAUCCAACGGUGACAAUCAUUUUUUACCAUAGUAAUUUUAUUUACCUGUGAAGUAAAAUUUAUUCAUUUGUUUGUUUAUUGAAAAUACUCCGUAUUACUUAAAAAAAACUCCGUAUUAAAUGGAAAGUCAUUCUUCUGCGGGAAUGUGGCGUCAGCCGUAUACUGCUGGAUUUGCUUUUAGUUGUACGUACCUUUUGACUUCUUAUGCUUCCAUUGCUUUAAUGACUGAUUGGUAGAACCAUAUUUUCUUUAUGGAGUUUUAUAUCAUCC